CCCUUAGUGGGUCCGCCACUGGGGUGUAGGAUAUACAUACUCCAAGGAGUACAACUUUGCCUACCAAGCAUGGUUGAUUCAGAUAAUCGAAGCCUAUAAAGCUGACUUGAAACUUCGCCGGGGUCUCAGGCUCUACGACUUGUGAGGAUGAAGACUCAUCUUAUAGCACCCUCAACUUUCCGCUCCUGCUUUUGCUUCCCAUUUUCACGAAGUUACAGUAAUCGCAUUCAUAAUCUCUUUAAUUACAACCAUAAUAGUGCACUCACUUCCUACCUCCCCCAUUCCAGACCUUUCUUUUCGCUCACCAUUCCUGCUCUUCGCCUGCCUCCUCUCGCCAUGGCAUCUUCUACUAAAGCGCCCACUCAGGUUGCAAGUGAUGCUGGUAAUGAAGUAGAUGCUUUCCAGUUAAUUCAAUUUCAUCAGGAAAAAGCUGCCAGACUGCCUCCAGUAGAGGAAGUUAAGACUGUUCUCUAUAAUAGCAGGCGCGGAGUGCUCUCCACUUUCUCAAAGAUACAUGAAGGAUAUCCAUCAGGUUCCAUGGUUGAUUUUGCAUGUGAUGCCUAUGGAACUCCAAUAUUAGCGAUCAGCAAUUUGGCAGCUCAUUCCCAGGAUCUCUUAGCUAAUCCCAAGUGCUCAUUGCUUGUGGCGAAAGAUCCUGAAGACAGGACUGAUUUAAUCAUAAAUGUGCAUGGUGAUGCCAUUCCUGUCUCUGACACAGAUAAAGAUGAUAUACGUGCUGCAUACCUGGCUAGGCACCCUGAUGCAUUUUGGGUUGAUUUUGGAGACUUCCAGUUCCUAAGAAUUGAACCCACGAUUGUGAGAUAUUUAUCUGGUGUUGCAACAGCUUUAUUGGGAUCAGGAGAGUUCAGCCAAGAGGAGCUCAGAGCUGCAAAAAUAGAUCCAAUAUACCAAUUCUCUAAGCCAAUCACAUCCCACAUGAAUAAAGACCACACAGAAGAUACCAAACUAAUUGUACGGCACUCAACAUCUGUCCCUGUGGAGCAUGCAUACAUGCUGGAUUUGGACAGUCUUGGGUUCAAUGUUAAGGCUGAAUACCAGGGGGGCACUUUCAAGCUUCGAGUUUCUUUUCCUAGACCAGCAGUAGAUAGAAAGGAUGUGAAGACACUGAUAGUUGAAAUGCUUGAAGCUGCAAAAAAUCAAGGUGUUUGAUUCGCAAGUUGGGGUUUGUGCUUUCUGAUCUGUUAUAUGAUAUGAAAAUGUGAUAUAUUGGGCUGAUGAUAAACAAACGUUCAGCAAGUGUAUACGAAGAGAAGAAGAGUUGGCCAAUUGGGUUGGUGUGUUCAUUAUAGUUCUUGUUUAGGAAUACACAAUCAUCAUUUAUCUUAAAAUUGCAAUGUUAAUCAAUCCUGUACUGAGAUUUGACUGUAAAAUCGUCAUGACCCACCCCCUCUUUUUUUUGACGUUUUUGCACAUAUAGAAGAUUUAAAUCUGCGGCUUUGGACUUUAUCCUAUCAUUAUUCUGAAAAAUGC